AAACUAGCGUAGUGUCGACUUACUGACGUGACUAAGCAGCAUGUUUUUAUAUAGGGUCUUACACCAGAAUAUUGGCUAUCAGCUAGUUCUUUUUCACCGAUUGUUGAGCGCGUCGAUGUGGGUAGAAGAAGUAGGUGGCACCCUGCUCGCCCCGACCUGUGUGUCUGCGCUAAGUGUGAGGCGAUCGGCAUAUCGCUGGGAAUUGUGGCGUAGUCAUUCCCUCAACCUCCUAGUUUUCGAUCAUCUCUAAAAUCGGCGGGUUCGUAGAGUAUAGCGUGAUAGAGGAACACUAGGUUCCGCCUGCCGCCGGUUUGCGAACUGGAUAAAGCUGAGGCCGCUCUUUCAGUAGCCCCAGGAUACAAAAAAAGAAACAAUUUCUGAAAUCUCCAAAUCCAAAUCCAAGUCACUAUGUAUUGAUUUUAGCCGAUGACACGACGCCUUUCUGCCCGUGCCCGAGCCUCAUUGUAUAUGCCACCACGCUUUCUCUUGUAUCUUCAGUGACGUCCCUAAGUCAAUGCAUCUUUUCUCGUGGUCCGAGUCUUUUUGUAGCGUGAAACAAACUAUUAAGUCAUCUAGCAGGAACAUCAGGGACAGCAUGAUUGAGACACCGACUGAACGUGGACUAGUUGUAGCUAUGGUGAUGGUGCUCAUCAGCACUAAAACGCAUUGGGAGGGUUCUUUAAUUGUAGGACGACAAGAACUUCUGUCCUCAAAUUUUGGAAAUUUCACUAUUCGAAUCUAUAGUAAAUAACAUCCUUUGUAGUUUCCUCGUAUCUAUAUUCAACAGCAUCAAGUGAUAAUGCGUGACGCUGAUGGUCUCGCCGAGACGGCGCCGUUGCUCGAUGGGGAUGCGUCUGGCGUCGAGGAAGCUGAAGGGGAGCACACCGAUGCGCACGAGAUCGUGUUAAGGGAAUCACAAGUCGUUGGCAAAGUAAAGUCCCUGGCCCUUUGACAAUAUGGUCAAAGGGAAGUAAAGUCCAUGACCCUACGAUGUGUAGUCGAAGGAAAUCGCUUUAGUAGUACCACUUGUUAGUACUUCUAAGAUGUAAGCAGAUAGGGGCACUUGCCAAAGCCACUGAGUUCGGUGAUGCGCCACUGUCGACUCCGCGGACGGACGCCGAAGCAGACACACGACAAGAAAGGGAUGGCGAUGAAAUGUCGGUGUCCGACGUGAACAACUGGCGUGGGCUCAAUUCCGAAGGUAUUUCACCAGCAACAUGUUCAUGUUGCCAGAACAUCAAAGUAAUUGAAAUUGUCCGAUCGUGUCCGUGUGCAACUGCAAGAAUUAUUUGCUCUGUCCGUCGGUGCGUUCCCGACACGGUUUUUGACCGGGUCGUUUUACGAUUACAUGCAUGCUAUUGUCCCUGUUAUCACCUUUCAUAGUGACCGUAGAGACGUGGUCUGACAGUAUUUCGGUGAUACUGGCAGCUCUGGACAAACCUUGAGGUAAGCGAAAGCGCAGGGAGCUAC